AUGGCUGGAGUGGUUGUUUUAGUUGGUCGUCAAAGGUGCAAGUUCAUCUGUCGUACUCGGUCAGGUCCGCCAGCAUUCGACUCAAGCGAAUCUUAAAAAAACUAGUCGUUGUUCGCCUUCCCGGAACUCUUUAUGUUGGCAUUCUGGAAAUUCUCCUAUGAGUGGGCUAUUACGGAGGUAUUCAACCAUCUCUCAAAGGCUUCUGUAAAGCACUCGUUUUUUCGGGCCUUGUUAAGCAUACUUUUAUAUUUGAGCAUAUGAAUAAGAGAUGAGCGGUCUUGACUACAGAACGCUGAAGGCCCGAGCUUGUUUAUCUGUACCACUGUAGACUCCGAGCUUUGUUUUCCGUUGUGGUUUUUGGGCUGUUGACGGGGUUUCGUUUUUGUGUGGAUUUGUACUUAUGGCUAAAGUGAAUAUCUGUGACGUCGAGGUUUUAGAUAACCCUGCCACUUUCUUCGACAAGUUUAAGUUCAAGAUUACUUUUGAAUGUCACGAACCUCUUGAGGAAGGUGGGUCUUUGCUUUGUGUCAUUCUGUAGACCUUGAGUGGAAGGUUGUUUACGUUGGCAGUGCAUACAACUCAGCACUGGAUCAGACCCUCGAUUUGAUUUUGGUCGGACCCGUACCCGUCGGCCGUCACCAAUUUGUUUUUGAGGUAGUUUUUGUGACUACAGUUUAUGGUAUUUAGGUUGACCCGCCAGACCCCAAAAAGAUUCCAGCCGAGGAUCUUGUUGGCGUCACUGUAGUUUUGAUCCAAGCUCUCUAUAGGGACCAAGAAUUCAUCCGUGUUGGAUACUAUGUGAACAAUGAAUAUACGAAGGAAGAACUGCGCAAUGAACCUCCUCCGGAGCCUCUGCUUAACGAGGUAUAUCAUGCUCUCUUUCUGUCUCACACAAUUUUUCCGGUGGACUAUUUAACUUAUGUCGGCAUUCGUCUAGGGUCUUUACUUUGCGUUUCAGCUUAUUUAUUCUUGUCGUGUCUGUGGCAUCAGUCUCCGUCAAGAGUGAUUUACUGUCUCAUGUCUAUCAUACUAAUCAAGAUAUCAUUAGCCCUGUUCCCGAGAAAAUGGCUGCGCCCAUUUUUAGACCCGUACACAUAAAAAGGGUCCCCAAGGCAGGCGGGACUUCGAGUUAUCGAUUGUUUUGUUUGUCUGAAGAGCUGUCUGCUCUCUGGUCCCUUUGACUCUAGCGUGGAACUCCGCCCAAAGUGUCAGCCGGAGCCCUAAACGCUCUCGGGACUUUUUCACCAGAAUAAGCUGUCCAGGCAGUCGGCACCAGCCUUUAAUGCUGCUAGUUUUUACCAGGAUUGUUUGUUCUUUCUCCUUCAAUCUUUCCUCGCCGUUGGUGUCUUUAGCCUUACACUCCAACACAACAGAUGUGGACCGCUAACCAAAAUUCUUAAAUGCUUUCGAUUUGCAAGGUUGUAGAGUAUUGAUUAUCGUGCGGCAGAAGCCCAGGAUAUUUCAGUCACAUCAGGAUGCCGGCUCUUGAGUGCACUUCUUUGCGGACGCCUUCCCCCAUAAAUUCAAAUAUACUUUAUAGAAAACAAUCAAAAACAUCCUCACAUGUGCUUCUUUGAUGGCUAAUUACGUAUUCCAGUUUUACACUCGAAGAAGGGGUGCAUUUAGGCUUAAAACGUUUAAAAUUCACAUGUCAUUCUGAGACUUGUCUCCUGCUACAUUUGCGCUUAGAGUUUUCAGUCUACGGACUGUAUACUUCUCAUAUAAGACAAAGCAUGCACUCCUCUGUGCAGUUAAAAAGAUAAUAAACGGGACAUUUCAUAUGGAGUAUUAUUAAGUAGACAGACACGAUGCUGCUCGAACUGACAUUUCAGUCCUAGAAGGAUUUCACAACUACAGACUUCCAAGACCGAAAGAUACCCUUUCUUCGAGUAUAAAAUUUGAAGACGUAGUUUGCAGCCAAAUGAAUAUGAGGAAGAAUAUUUUUGUACAUUCUUCCUGCAAAAUGUAUUUGAAUCUAUGGAGACAUAUUCCUUCUCUGUGACAAUGCUACUCAAAUGAAUCAAGUACUAUUUAUAUAGCGAAUAUUUUCAUUGUUACUGUAGUUAUUUCUAACGAGCUGACAUGUAAUCAAUAGGGUUUUCAGAGGCUUUGCCUAUCAUCCUUAUCAAAUAAACUGAAAUAAAUCAGAGGUCAGUGGGAAAAGCAUGCUACUGUGCAGGCAGUCGAGAAGUGCAUUCAAAAGGCGGUAUCCUGGCAUGACUAAAAUAUCUUAUUAUUCUACCGCAUGGUAACAAAUACCGCAGCCCCACUUGAGUAAUCCCUCCUAAUUGAAAACGCAUUUCAGAAUUUCGGUUAACAUUUCAUGAGUUUGGUCGCUGCCAGUAUGUUGGGAGAACUCUCCGUAAUGCAUGUGAGUCUUUCUGUCGCCGUAGAUCUGGAUGGGUACACAACUUCACCCAUAUAGGUAGGUUUGCUACCAGUUAGCGCAGCACGUUUUUGUGUAAAGCUGUGCAGAAGCUUUGGUGAACUUACACGCACUCAUGCUUUUAAGAGUCCCUGUCCAAAAUUCGGAUGCGUGUGCCUAUCAGGACCCACAAAAAUAUGUCUUCCGCAAGCUCGGUAGCUUUCAUCCUACAUAAUUGCCGAAUUGAUGGACUCCUGUUUAUUAGUGUGGGAAUGUGAGCCCCACAAGUAGGCCGUCUGACGCCUUUACCGUUGGUUUCUAGUGGAUUGGGACCCUUGUCCCAUAGUUGAUUUCCUCACAGACUAAACGGGCAAAAGCCGUAAGAAGCUUUCGCUUCAUAUACGUCGGUAAUAAUUUCACUCUAUAGUUUUCGGGCUGUCAUGACGAUGUUAGAAGAAGCUUCGAAGCAAGUUGAUGCAAUUACGAAAGUGUUGUACUUUACGAGAUGCGGCUCUACACGUCACCGCCGCAUUUUCAGUCGGACUACCGAAUUCACCCUUAGGAUCGAAGAUCUUACCAUCAUUUCAUUUCUUUAAUCCCUCAUGACCACCGCAGAACAUGAAGCACAGGUUUGCCCAAUCAUAGAGCCUCUUGAGUCCUUUGCGUGGUUUAUCAGCCACGUAUACGGUCAUGACUCGCUGCGAGAUAAGCAGACCCAGGUCUAACUAAUAAGCUAUCGCGGACCAGCAGCGACAGUGCUACCGGGGUGCGGAUGGCUGAGGUCUGGUACACUGAAAGUCUUAUAAAAAAGGCCGCAAAGUCCGAUGAUGGCAUCGUGACAUGGCGACCGUAAACCGCCAUGAAAUAAGUUUGCUCGCUACCUCCGCCUUGUGGUUAGGCUUUUAAGCCAAAGCGCCAGAAGAGACAACCUCAGACAAACAAUCUGGGCGGCUGUUGGGGACCCGCCUGUAUCCGAAACUUCCAAGAAACCUCAUGAACUAUGUCCGACUACAGUAUUACGACCCAUGCUACGGCGUCCGCGGGAACCGACGCGUUCCGCAACCCUGGUCCAGUGGUGCGGGCAAAUAGCAUGCGAGCUGGACUACUCAAUCGGGGACGGACUCCUGGUGUUGGAUGUUGGAAUGUGCAAACGUUCCUGGGCCCGGUACUCAAAGUCUGACCGUGCGCAGCCUUAAUCAGUACAACGUUGAUGUCUGCUGCCUGUCCAAAGUUCGACUUCCUGACUCAGGCUCUCGAGAAGUAAAGAUCCCUGGAGUCGAGUCACACUUCACCCUGCAUCACAGCGGCCCGCGCAACUCUUCCGGUAGACACGGUAUGGCUAUCGCCCUCUCGCAACAAGCGGACCUCGUGUUACUGGCUUGGGAACCAGUCAACGACCGUAUGGCCUACGUGCGACAGAGGGGUCACUUCACGAACGUCUCCAUCGUCUCUGGGUAAGUACCAACUUCAGCUGCCGAACAGCGCGAUAGAGAGGCAGUUUACUCGCAGCUGCAGGCGUUAAUUGAAAGACUGCCUCGCCGCGAUCUGCUGACUGUUGCUGGGGAUUUGAAUGGUCUGACUGGAGCUGGCGACUCCACAGUCACCUUCUUGGCCGCUUUGGGCUUGUUCCCGAUGUGAAAAUAGCGAGAGAUUACUGAGCUUCGCCGAUCAGAACCAAAUGCUUGCCACCGACACGUGCUUCCAGCAUCGCAACAAACAUCUCCUGACCUGGUAUUCCAACGACGGUCAUACGGCCAGUCCGAUUGACUACAUACUAGUCAUCUCAAGGUCCCGCAGCUGGGUUCACGAUAGCAGAUCGUUGCCUGGUGCCGAGACUGGUAACCACCAUGGGUCGGACCAUGUCUUCGUUCGUACACACUUGAGAGUUCACCUCGCCCGUGGCAAAAAUGCCACCUCCUAGACGCCUCGAUGUCACAAGAAUCCGGCAAGCCAACACAGCCGAGGUCCUUAGCAGAGAAAUUCUGUUAUGUUUCACGACUGAAGCUGACGGAAUAGGCAGUAACCAGUGGUCGUCACUUCAAACGUCUGUCUAUGGGCAGCUGAGUAAAUCCUUGGAUAUACCCGGCGACGCCGCAGUGACUGGAUCAGCGGAAGAACCCUAUAGUUAUCUUCUCGGACGGCCGUAAUGAUGAUUCCUUCUGCCGACUUCGGAAGCUGGCGGCAAAGUCGGCAAGGGACGACUGAAAGCAAUAUUGGGCUGAAAUAACAACCUCCAUGGAACAGGCCUCGAACGUUAGUGACACUCGAAAACUCUUCCAACUUAUCUGCCAGGUUAGUGGUAAGCCCUCUACACUGAGGGAGUUUGUUCGCAACGUGAAUGGCGACUUUAUUGCUGAAAACUCGACCAAGGUUGAGCGCAGGCGUGAGCACUUCGAGCACCAUCUCAACUUCAAUACCCAACCCACCUCGCCCUUGCUCUCCUUUGCAGCGGAGUUUCUUCCUCCUCCAACUUUUGCGGUGUCAUGCGACACCCUUUCUGAGGGAGAGGUCCCCGAUGCCAUACGAAAGCUACGCAGCAGCAAGGCACCCCGAGGGGACAGUAUACCCGCUGAAAUCUGCAAGUCUUGUAUCGACACUGGUGCCCUGGCUCCACGAGGUAAUUGAACAACCGUGGAGAAACGAGGUUGCUUCUCAUGACUGGGGCUCAAGCAUCCUUGUACCUAUCCUUACGAAGAGAGAUAAGACAAGAUGCGAGGAAUACCGUGGCAUAAGCCUCAUUGACGUUGUUGCGAAGAUCUUCGUUAUUAUCCUACUCAGGCGAUUCCAGGCUGUUCGUGACUGUAGGACGAGGCCCAACCAAGCCGGAUUUCGUGCUGGACGUGGAUGCGCAGACCAGAUAUUUCCACUGAAGCGCAUUCUCGAAUUUCGCCAUAGCUACCAGCCACCGACGGCCGUCUGCUUUGUUGACUUUGCCGCCGCGUUCGAUUCCGUCCAUCGUGAGUCCCUAUGGCGGAUAAUGGCGCUAGAUGGUGUACCUCCAAGAGUCAUCGCCAUGACCAAGGCCUAUUAUCGCUCCACCACCGUGCGAGUCCCGCUCCGCGACAAUCCUUCCCAACCGUCCGGUAUUCGGUCGGGCGUUCGACAGGGUUAUAUCCUUUCGCCCAUUCUGUUGAAUUACGUUAUUGACUGGAUCCUCGGAGGGCCCUACUCCAAGGUCACGGUGUUGAGUUUGCACCCGGACACCGACUGACUGAUCUCGACUAUGCCGAUGAUAUUACCUUAAUUGCUUCAAAUUUUUGUGACCUGCAGUCUGGUGUCACGGGUGAACGAGGUCGUUAAAUCCGUCGGUUUAUCCAUAAACACUGGGAAGGCUAAAGUAUUUUCAAGCUGCAUCCCUGACCAGGAGAGGGCAUCCCUCGGGAUUGAUGGCUGUCGACUUGAAGUAGAAAGUUUUAAAUACCUCGGGGCAAGGCUGCUGCCGAAUAGCUCGAGUUAGGAUGACAUUGUCUCCUGCAUUGAUGCUGCCCGAAGGUUUUUUUUUCAAGCCUUAGAAAAUGCCUAUGGAUCCCACGUGACCUCUCCAUCGCCACUAAGAUUCGCGUGUACCGUACAUCUGUCCGGUCUGUCCCUCUCUAUAGUUGUGAAUGCCGCGCUGUGCGCGUGGAGGACGAGCGAAAACUGGAGGUAUUUGACCAUCACUGCUUGAGGACCACCCUUCGAGGGAAGUGCACCAACUUCGUCUCAAAUGAGAUAGUCCGCGCUCGCUGCGACAACAUUGCAAGGAUAACCCAAGCCACCGAAGAAAGGCGACUGAGGUGAUUUGGACAUGUUCUUCGUCGUCCACCUCAGGAGUUCAACAUUACUACUCUCGAUGCAGUACUGUUUCUCUAUUGGACGCGUCGAAGAAGCGGUCAUUUAAAAAGCUGACUCGACACAGUUCUUCAAGAUACGGAAGUGGUUCUUGGACCUGCGGUAUUCAGCCUUCGUCGCUGGUAAAGAGAAUGAACUGAGUUGUCCACAUCUGCUGCCCUGGAUCGUUACGCUUGGAGAGGUACAGUUCGGAGCAUCAUCGAGGCUGGCUAGAUCAGGCAUGAUCGCAGCCAUACCAAGUACAAUUACAAGGUCAAAAAACUCAGAUGCUGCGUAUCAACAAUGUCGGCCGGCAGUGACUGACGGCCUACCACAUUGUCAGCUGACAUUCAGCACACGAAUCGGACUUGUCGGUCACGUCCGGGUUCGUUGUCGUGACAACCAACUCAACUAACCUAGGACACACUAGUAACCACCACUACCACCACCACCACCACCACCACCACCACCACCACCACCACCACCACCACCACCACCACCACCACCACCACCAGACACAUCAUGGAAGUUACACGCUCUUUCUCUCAUUGCUGCAACACCGCGUCCCGGUUCCGGCUUGUUAUGGUCUGACGUUAUCAUUCCACUCAACGGCAACUCCGGCAUGAGUUACGGCAACGGUAACUUCGACCACUCCUACCACAGUCGUCACCGUCACCACAACCACUGCUAUAAUAACUAUGUUCAUAAUCAUCAACGGCAAUGCGGACGCGGUUUCAACCUGUCCAUAUUGCGACUGUACAUUUCGCUUAUGUGCCGGCCUGGUAAGUCACUGCGAAUCCCCCGCCUCUUGACUGCAUAACCAGUGCGCGGUCUCUACAUACACCCACCAUGCACACUUUCCUUGCCCGCACUGUAUCCGCACAUUGAGACACCGCACGAACCUCUAUUCGUAGAAUUCGUAGUGAACACAAAAGCUCGGGGCGAACGAUCGAAAUGUUGCUCGUUUGUUUAUUUGCUGUUCUAGUAUUAUUUUGAAAUUGCUGUUCUCGAUAUCUUCAGCUUGAGAGGAAUAUCAUCGCCACCGACCCCCGAGUCACUAGGUUUCCGAUCGAUUGGGGAGACGGUCUCCUAGACGGAUGCCCGGAGCCUGAGCAAAAGGAAGAAGAGGACGUCGAUGCUAACUCCUUAGUUCCCAAUGAACCUAUACACAGCGAUCAAGAGGAGGAGGAACCGGACGAGGAGGAGGAUGACGAUGAGGACGUAAUGGAGGAGGGCACAGAGAAGCAGCUCCCUAAAGACUUAGCCCUUGGUCAAGAUGAGAACCACGAUACUUGUCAAAAUGUUGUUGUUGAGAAAUCGCUAAAUGAGGGAAACAAUCCGAGACCUAUCUCGCCACUGCACCAACUACAAAAUUCGACGGGUGAAAACGAAACAUCCUAA